AUGGCAAAGACAUUUAGCAAAGAGGAUGUCGCCUCGCAUAGCAAGGGUGACAGUCCCUGGGUCAUUAUCGAUGAAGAUGUCUACGAUGUUUCCAAGUUCCAAGAUGAGCACCCUGGUGGAAAGAAGAUUCUCCAGCGAGUUGCGGGAAAGGACGCUUCGAAACAGUUCUGGAAAUACCACAACGAGGGCAUUCUGAAGAAGUACAAGGGUCAGCUGCAGAUCGGUUCGUUGGAUACAAAGAAGACGGCACCGGCACCCUCGGCACCCUCGGCACCCCCGGCACCAGCGCCAACCCCGAAAAAGGCUGCCCCCGAGCCGAAACCUACCAUUUCUGAGUCUUCCGUGACACCACCUGCCAUCGGCGCUCCCCAGGACCCUUAUGGAGAGUUGAUCCCAUUCGCCGACCCCUCGUGGUACCAAGGUUAUGCAUCCCCCUACUUCAGUGAAUCCCAUGCCGCACUGCGAGACGAGGUCCGCCAGUGGGUCGAGUCCGAGAUCGAGCCAUAUGUGACCGAAUGGGACGAGGCCAAGGAAGUGCCCGCUCACAUCUACAAGCAGAUGGGCGAGCGGGGCUACCUGGCUGGACUGCUGGGUGUCCAUUUCCCCCAGAAGCACACCCCAUACCGCGUGAAGUCUGUGUCAGCAGACCGGUGGGAUUUGUUCCACGAGAUGCUUCUGACCGACGAGCUGUCGCGUGUCGGCAGCGGUGGUCUGGUGUGGAACCUGAUCGGUGGCUACGGAAUUGGCUGCCCGCCAUUGGUCAAGUUCGGCAAGAAGCCCCUCGUCGACCGAAUCCUGCCGGGUAUCUUGGCCGGCGACAAGCGCAUUUGCCUCGCCAUCACCGAGCCCGAUGCGGGUAGUGACGUCGCAAACUUGGGUUGCGAGGCCAAGCUCACCGAGGACGGCAAGCACUACAUUGUCAACGGCGAGAAGAAGUGGAUCACCAACGGUAUCUACGCUGAUUAUUUCACGACCGCUGUGCGCACCGGCAAGGAUGGCAUGAACGGCCUCAGCGUGCUGCUUAUAGAGCGUGAAGCCGGUGGCGUUAGCACCCGACGCAUGGACUGCCAGGGUGUGUGGUCUAGCGGUACGACCUAUGUCACAUUCGAGGAUGUCAAGGUUCCCGUGGAGAACCUGAUCGGCAAGGAGAACCAGGGCUUCAAGGUUAUCAUGACAAACUUCAAUCACGAGCGUAUCGGCAUUGUGAUCCAGUGCGUGCGCUUCUCGCGCGUCUGCUAUGAGGAGUCCAUGAAAUACGCACAUAAGCGCAAAACCUUCGGCAAGCGUCUCAUCGACCACCCGGUUAUUCGCAUGAAACUCGCCCAUAUGGCUCGCCAGAUCGAGGCCACCUACAACUGGCUUGAGAACAUCAUCUUCCAGUGUCAGUCUAUGGAGGAGACCGAGGCUAUGCUCAAGCUCGGCGGUGCCAUUGCUGGAUUGAAGGCGCAGUCAACGCAAUGCUUUGAGUUCUGCGCUCGCGAGGCUAGUCAGAUCUUUGGUGGUUUAAGUUACAGCCGCGGCGGUCAGGGCGGUAAGAUCGAGAGACUGUACCGUGAUGUGCGUGCCUAUGCUAUCCCCGGUGGUAGCGAGGAGAUUAUGCUUGAUUUGAGUAUGCGCCAGAGUUUGCGUGUUCACGGCAUGUUUGGCAUGAAGCUAUAA